CAUAUUUUUUAAAUGGAUGGGUGAUUGUCAAAUAUUAAAAAAUGUCAGUGAACUCAGUUAAAGUUGGUGACAGAGUCCAAAUAAAAGACAAAGAUUGUUAUGGAACAGUAGCAUUUACAGGUCAUCCAUCAUUUGCAGCUGGCAAAUGGAUUGGAGUAAUAUUGGAUGAACCAAAAGGAAAAAAUAAUGGUACUGUCAAAGGACAGGCUUAUUUUAAGUGUGCUGAAAAUCAUGGAAUGUUUGUACGACCAAUACAGCUCAAACUUUUGGAUGAUGCUGGAAAUGUCAUGGAUCCAACAAGUCCUCCAUCUGCUAUCAAUGAUGAUAGUGGAGCUGCGAGGGCAAGAUCACGUCUUAACAACACUAGCAGUCGCAGGAGAAAUGAACCUACCGCCUCAAGACUGUCACUUGCUGGCAGUAGAAGUCAGCUGAGUUCACCAAGUGUAGAAAAUUUAAAUGUAUCACAUAUACCACAAUUAGAAAGAAGAGAAUCAUCAAUUGGUAUUGAAUCUGGUAUUCCUUUACCAACAACAAUUAAAAGAGCAUCAUUUGUUGAGAAGUCCCCUAGCACGAGUUCAUCUCCCGUCAAAAAGCAAAAGGCUCAAGACGAUCGAAAUAAUACUGGAUUUGUCGAGACUUUAAAGCCACAUUUUGUACCUGGACAAGCUAUGGCUGGUUCAAUGUCAUCUGGUAUUGGAUCAAAUAAUGAAGAAAAACUUUCACAUUUUCAAUUACUUUCAGAAAAUGAAAAUUUAAAAUCACAGGUAACUGAUUUAAAUGAAAAGCUAGAAACUUUACGUGUAAAAAGAAUGCAAGAUAAAGAAAAAUUGAAAGAAUAUGAAAAAACAAAACUUCAAUUAGAUCAAUUGUUAGAAUUUAAAUCAAAAGUUAUGGAAAGUCAAGGAAGUUUACAACGUGAACUUCAACGUGCACGUCAAGAAGCACGUGAUGCACAACAAGAAAAAGGUAAUUAUCAAGAUGAAAUGGCUGAUUUAGCUGAAACAGUUGAAAUGGCAACAUUAGAUAAAGAAAUGGCUGAAGAAAAAGCUGAAACAUUACAAAUUGAGCUUGAUCAAUUGAAAGAAAAACUUGAAGAAAAAUCACUUGACUUAGAAAUUCUGCGUACAGAAAUGUCUGAAAGAAUGGGUGGUAAUAUAUCAACAAAUACAACAACAAGUUAUGAAUUUAAACAAUUAGAACAACAAAAUAUACGUUUACGUGAUACACUUGUUAAAAUGCGUGAUUUAUCAGCUCAUGAAAAACAUGAAUUUCAAAAAUUACAAAAAGAUCUUGAUCAAAAAAAAUCUGAAAUACUUGAACUUGGAAGAACAAAAGAAAAAUUAUCAGCACGUGUUGAAGAAAUGGAACAUCAAAUUGCUGAUUUACAAGAACAAGUUGAUGCAGCACUUGGUGCUGAAGAAAUGGUUGAAAUGCUUGGUGAAAAAAAAAUGACAUUAGAAGAACGUGUAUUAGAACUUGAAGAAGCUGUUUCUGAUCUUGAAGCAUUACAAGAUAUGUCUGAUCAACUUGCUGAAUCAUCAAAAGAAUUAGAACUUGAAUUACGUGAAGAAUUAGAUUUAGCAUUAGGUUCAGUACGUGAUGCACAACGUCAUAAAGAAGCAGCAUUAGAAACACUUGCUGAUCGUGAAACAACAAUAACAAAAUUUCGUGAAUUAACAAGUCAAUUACAAGAACAAUGUUUACAGUUACAAAAUCGUGUACAAUCAAGUGAAUCAAUGCAAUCUGGUGGUUCAGCUGAUCAACAGCUAGCUGAAAUACUUGAUUUCCAAAAAACAUUUGCUGAAACACGUGCACAAACAAAAGCUGUUGAUUUAGAAUUACGUAGACUUGAAACUGAAGAAGCAAGAAAUCAUGUUAAAUAUUUACUAUCAUUUAUGCCACCAACAUUUAUGAUACGUGGUGGUGAUAAUGAUGCAAUAUUAACUCUAUUAUUAAUACCAAGAAUGACACAAAAAACAGAUAUAUUAAUAUCACAAGUACGUGAUAAAUAUCAAACAAUUGAAAAAAUUGAUCGUUCAUCAUUACUAAAAGGACAUACAGUUGAUCAGUAUACAUUUAAAUCACGUAUAUGUGGACAUAUGUAUGCAUUACAAACAGUAUUAGGUUGUUUCGAAUCAUGCUUAAAUACUUGUAGUCCAGAUAAUUUAUUAAAAGUUGGAGCUGUUUAUCCGGAAAUGUUGGCACAAGAAAAAUCAUUAGAUUUUUUCAUUCAACUUGCUAAAAAAGAUCAACUUGAUGAAAAUGUACCACUAGAAGGUAUUGAAAAAUGUUCAUCAUAUUUUUCAACAAUGUUUUCAGUGCUAUUUGGUGAGUGUUCUGUGUCAAUGUCAAAUCAAGCUAAAAUGGUUAUGAAUGGUACGAGAACAUUAUCAUGUAUUUGUGAUGCAAUAACAACUGAAGCAAUUGGUAUUAAAUGUCUUAUUGAUGGUGAUUAUGGUGAUAUUGGAUUAUUAUUACAACAUAUUGAAACAAAUUGUGAAGUUAUACAACAACAUUUAAAUUCAGCAAGAAGAAGAGUACCACGUGAUCAAUUAUUAAGUAGUAAUAUUAUUAAUCUUGGUCUUGAUAAUAAUUGGAGUGAACAAUUUUCAGCUUGUUAUCAAAAUUCAAUUAAAAUAACAAAAACAUUACAAGAUUUAUUAAAAUCAGCAUUACAAACAAUAACAAUUAGUGGUGAUUUUGAUACUGGUAUUGAUUCAUCAAAAUUAAAAGAAAUGGCUGCAAUAUCAACUGAAAAAAUAUAUGAUACUGAUGAUCUUGGUCCAGUAUCAACAAUUAAAUCAAGUUUAAUAACAUUACAACAAUUAGCUGCAAAUCUUGCACAAAAAAUGGCUGAAUGUGAAAAUGAACUUGCAAUAACUGGACAAAAUAUAUUACCACAAAAAACUGAUGAUAAUAAUUUAAUAUCACCAAUAAAUAUUAGAUCACAAAUUGUUAAAAAAGAAUCUGAAGAAACUAAAAUACUUGCUAGAAAAUUAGAAACAAGAGAUAUUGAUGUACGUGAAGUUAAAAUAGCAUUACGUGAAAAACAAGAAGAGCUAUCAGAAAUGUCAUUGAGAAAAGAACUUGCUGAGAAAAAAUUAGCAACACAACAGCAUGAAAAUGAAAUGAAUAUUGAAAAACUUAAAAGAAAACUUGAAGAAGCACAAAAUCAAUUAAAAAGAAAAGAAAAAGAAUUUGAAGAAACAAUGGAUCAUUUACAAACAGAUAUUGAUAGUCUUGAAUCAGAACGUGGACAAUUAAAAGAAAAAUUAAAAUCAUAUGGAAAAAAAACAACACCAAUACCAGGUAUACCAUCAUCUGUCAAUGAUGGAAUAAAUAUACCAACAACACCUGGUGAUAAUACAACAACAUCAAGUGCAUCAAUAAAUGUUACAUCAUCUGGACAAUCAAGUCAUGAUAAUCGUCUUCUUGUACAAGAAAUAUCAGCUUUAAAAGAAGCAUUAAAUAAUGAAAAUCGUUUAAAACAAAAAUUAUUAUCUGAAUCAUUAAAAAAUAAACUUGAUGCACUUGAUCCAAUACCAAUAAUAGCACCAGUUAAACAAGUUGAUGAUAAAAUACAAUUAUUACAACAAAAAAGAAAUAAACUUAUUAAAGAAAUACAUAAUACAAUUGUAUUUCCAAAAAUACCAGAUUUAACAAAAAAUAAUAAACAUUCAGAUGAAAUUGAACCACCAGUUAUUGAAAAAAUAUCACCAGCAUAUGAAAUUAUUAAAAGACAAUUAUUAAUUAAAGAAUUAGGUAAAAAAGUUGAAGAUCUUAAUAAUGAAAUAUGUCAAGUUAAAAUAACAAGAACAAUGGGUGGACAAGCACCAACUAAUUUUGGUAUAUUUCCAUGUCCUGAAAUGGCAUCAGCAAUGAGAGAAAAAAAACAAAUAAUUGCUGCACAGAUUAAUAUUCCAUACAAUGGACCAAAUUGUGUGCAAUCAGUUAAUGUUGGAACAAAUGAAUUACGUCAACUUCAUUCACUCUUAACUUACUAAAGACUCGAAAAAAAAUAUUAUACAUAAAAUAAUAACAAUAAUAAUAAUCAUAUUUAUAAUAAAAUUAAAAAAAAAAAAAACAUUGCUAAUUAAUUUGAUAGAAAAUUUAAUUAAUUAACAAAAAUUUGCAAUUUUUUUUUUUUUCAUUUAGUUGCAAUUUAAAAUAAAAAAAAAUAUUUAUUUUAAUAAUACUCUAUCCAAUUAGUUCACAAAAAUAUAAAAAUAAUUUUUGUGUUAUUUGGAAACUUUAGUUAAUUUUAAAAAAUUAAUAUUAUUAUUUUUUCAAAACCAGUUCUUUUUUUGUUUUUCAGACGUUAGUUUGAUGUGAUUAACAUGAUGUUUAAAUUGUAUUUGUUUGUAAUAUAUAAUGUAAUUAAAAUUUAUGCAUAAAAAAAAAAGAAAAAAAAAAA